UCUGGACAGUCUCUGAUCAGUGAUGGGCUAGCAGGAGGGCAGCUGUGCCCCUCCCCAAGCUGUGGUCUGGUUCUGGAGGAUGAGAGGGGGGUGUGUGGUUAUGCCCUGGGCCUUACUGACGCCACAGCAGCUGCACUGAACAACCAGAGAGCGUUGCCAGGGGACUUCCCUUCCAUGGUAACCAUGCAGCUCCACCCCCGGGUUACAGACCCCGCCCCCGCCAGACGUAUGAUUGGCAGCCUGCUCUCGUUGAUGAAGACCAGUGGUUCCAGAGGUGUGUUCUGUGAGCUGAGGCAGGGUGACAGGAGGAUGUUUGAUUUAUACUCUAAACUGGGCUCCUUCACAACGCUCAAAAUGGCAGGGCUGCCUCAGGACGUCAUCGCCAUGGGAACCAGCUUGUAAACAAAGAU